AUGCCAGAGGCUAAAGAGAUCCUUGUGAACAUGAACCCGGCAGAGGAACCAAACAUUCUAGUAGACAUUGGCAUGAUUGACAAUGUAAUUAAGAAUAUGAAGGCUGAGAAAGCUUCUGGACUAUGUGCAAGAACAAUAAACUUAUUGAACAUAUGGGAAUUGGAUUUUUUCAAACACCCAGGAGACUCUCUAGAGGAUGUAGAUAAUUUCUGUUACCUAGGGGACCAACUUUCUUGUUGCUUCGGAACAGCUUCCUGUGGGUUUUGCUGUCGCUGUUGCCACCCCAUCAAUGAAUCGACCAGUACCCGUAUUAUGUACACCUUGUAUUUCUUUUUUAUAAUCCUUAUUGCCUGUUUAAUGCUCUUCCCUCAAGUUCAAGAUGAGGUUGUGAAAAAAGUCCCUUGGUUUAACGAAACCUGCUAUUUAAGCCUCGGUGAGGACUGCCACCAGUUGACAGGUUUCAAAGCUGUCUAUCGAAUUUGUUUUGGUUUAUCAGCCUUCCAUUUCAUGCUUUUCAUCUUCACCUUCCAUGUAGCCAACUCAAACGGUUUCAGAGCAUCAAUUCAGAAUGGAUUCUGGUUCUUCAAAUUUGUGAUUCUUUGUCUCUUCUGUGCUACGGCCUUUAUGCUGCCAAGGGAGUUUAAUUUGUACUGGAUGUAUGUUGGCAUUGCUGGUGGAUUCUUGUUUAUUUUGAUUCAACUUAUAUUCCUGGUAGAUUUUACGUAUGCCUGGAAUAUAAAAUGGUCAUAUAAACCUUCUGGAGAAAUAAAUACAUGUGGUGCUGCAGGCACAAUCAUUUGUGGCCUUUUGUUCUACCUCGUUGCCAUUGGUGGUAUAGUGUGGUUGUUUUACAACUACACUCGUAUCAAUGGUUGUAACAUCAACAAGGCCUUCAUCAGCAUCAAUGUCGGUCUUUGUCUUUUACUCAAUGUUGUCACCCUCAUCCUUUGUUCUUCCAAACGAAACCAUAAUGCCGGAAUCCUGCAGUCUUCCGUUAUAACUCUAUACGUCAUCUUCCUGACAUGGACAGCUUUAUCCAGUGAACCUCCAACUGAUGUAUCCUUGUCUGACACAAUUCUUCCCAAGAAUUCCUUCAGUAAGGUCCUGUCCAGCUCAGACAUCGCUGUUAAUGAUACAUUAUUGUACAGGUGCCGUCCCAUCCCUGUCAUCAGUGAUGACAUAUCGGCCUAUGGUGGAUUGGUGCUUAUGAUUGCCCUAGCCCUUUAUUCCAGCCUCACAUCUUCUGGUCAGUCCUACAAACUGAAAUAUAAAGCGAAGGAAAAUUCUGAACAAACUUCAUGUUGUUGUUGUUAUAAAAACCGUUUUAACCCCACAGACUUUGGAGGACAACAGGUAAUCUACAAUGAAGCUACAGGUGUCAUCUACAGUUAUUCGUUUUUCCACCUAGUUUUCUCUUUUGCCAGUCUUUACAUCAUGAUGCAGUUGACUAACUGGCACAGACCCGAUGAGACAGAUCUGGUUAAAUUUGGACUCAACUGGCCUGCAGUCUGGGUAAAACUAAUAUCAAGUUGGAUAUGUGUUCUUAUCUUCUUAACUACUACACUUUUCCCCAAGUGUUACCCCUGUAGAGGACUGGCUCUACAGACUCGAUUAGCAAAGCAGGAAUCAAACCGAAAUAAUGCAGAACAAGAGACUUGUUUAAAUUCUUAGCAAAACUGGCUGACAUCUUGUAUGUUUCUAUCUUACUUCAAAUGUCUUUUUAAUGUUUUUUCUACCAAGGUUUCAGAAUGCACGCAUACGAGUAUGCAGUGUCUCUUGUAUAUAAAUGUAUGCAUGUUGUAUGUAUGUUACAUGUCACUAAUAUAUAUGGCAUAUGUAUGGAUAUUUGUAUGCUUUGAUUGGUUAAGAAUGCUGACAUGUUUCAAAUGUUACCUCUUCUUCAUAUUAUUCUAACAGAAAUGAAAUUCUGUAUUGUACUCGACAAAACCAACUGCAAUUAAGAAAGUUCUGAAAAAAAAUUAACAUUAACAGAUUUUUUUUGUAUCUGCUGCUAUGAAUGUGGCACAAACGAAUCUAAAUACCUAGUCAUAGGUAAGAUGACAAUGCUAUUAAUAAUCAUAUGCUUCUGUGUGUGUAUGUGUGUAAUCACAAGCUUCAUCAAUGUAUCUAUAUAAUCUCUGUCAGAUUCUAGACGUUUGUAUUCAGGGUGUGUUAAAACUUUCAAGGAUCUGAUACUUACUAAAUAGCUUUUCUAUUGUAUACAAAGUGAUAUUCAUAUAUAUACCCACCAAUACUGAUCUGAUAUAUACACACAUUGGCGUGUCUCUCUCUCUCACACUCUCUCUGCAUAUAUAUAUAUAUAUAUAUAUUAAGGAGUCAAAAGUUAUGUCCGGUCAUACGUUGUCCAUUGGUUUCGCAUCUUUUAAGCACUUAGCAAUAUAGGCAACUCAUCAAACUCAAAUAGCUGAAGAUGUGUAACUGCUCUAGAACUGGGGGAAUAAAUACAUAACCCUUUAUAUGUGUGAAACCAAUGGUUACUCUAUGACCAACCAUAACUUUUUACUUCCUAAAAAAAUACAUCACUGCUCUAAUGCUUUAGAGUAUGCUUCUUUUUCAGAUAUAUGAAC